ACGGCACAAUUUCAACGGUUGCAGCUUGUCUCUAUUAUUGGUAAGAUUCGGGAACAGUGCUGGGUGCAGCAAUUUGUGGACAUACACAUAAUGAAAUUCGUCUUACCCCGAAUUAUAUCUUAGUUUUGUUAAGCUUGUCUUACACGAGUUAACAGAUGUUUGACAGACGGAGUCGUAACACAUGAUUUCAUUUGUAGCAUAUGGUUGGUUGCAAAAAAGUAUCUCGUGACGUACGAGCCAAUAAGGAGAGGUUAGCUUUUCCACCAAACUGACAGAAAUCGGAAAAUGAAUAUGACGCUCACGAAGUGAAACGUCACAUUGUGAUUUUUUUUCAAUAAUUAUUGCCUAGGCCAGAUAAUCCUCCAUUGGGGACCAGCUGAUUUAAGUUGACAUAAAAUGUUCCGGUAUUGGCGGACGGUUUGGGCUGCAAAAGUGGUAAAAUACUGUGCCGUUUAUGUUAAAAAUAAGUAGAAAAUCCCUCACAAGUAUCUGGCUACGAUGGAAAACGAAAUAUGGACCGGAAAAUACCGUCAAUCUGGGUUGGAAAGGACGAAAGAAAAGUCCAACAACGGCCAAACAGAGACCGAGCCGAAUGACAGUGGCACCCGGAACGCCGGCACAGAUGAAGCAGAACACUCCAUCAAAACUGAGGAAAUUGAAGAAAAGCCAGAGCAAGAGAUUAUUAUUAGUGAGACGGGAAAGCAAACCAUCCAAAAUAUACUGGAACAAAUCAAGUCAUUAUCACCGGUAGAGAAAUUUCUGUUAUUUCUGAGGCUGCCAUCGGAAGUUACGCAUGCCGUAGAUCCUUUCAGACAACCGUUGAAUCCUUUAGGAAGCCGCUCUGAAAUAUACAAAACCAUAUCGUGGAUAAAAACACACCUGGAAGAGGAUCCUGACAUUUCAUUGCCCAAACAAGAAGUUUACAAUGAAUACUCCGACUAUUGUGAAAGCAAUUCAAUUAAGCCGCUUUCUCAAGCUGAUUUCGGUAAAGUAAUGAAGCAGGUAUAUCCGAAAGUGAGAGCUCGAAGACUAGGGACCAGAGGUAAUUCCAGGUAUUGCUACUCUGGACUGAGGAGAUGUAUUAGACUGAAAGCUCCGACUCUUCCUGAUUUAGCUGAUAAACCAAUGUCAACGGAAGUCCCGUUCACACAGGCGCAUUUAGAAUCUGCAGCAUGGAGUAUAGUGAAAGGUUGGGCGGAACAGCAGCUGAGUCAAGAAUUCCCUUCCAUACAAUCAUUAGCGUUCCACAUAUUAUCGAACUUUUCUUUUGGAAUAGGAUCUGAAGCGGCGAACGUCAUAGCGACUGCAGCGGAGUGCACCGCUAAAGAAGGAGAACAUAAUGGUAAAAGCGGGAGUAAGCACAGAGAAAUGCAAAUACAACUUCAGAGAAAAUUGCAGCAAAAAAGUGAAGGUAAAGAAAGGAAACGAAAAAUGCAGUCGCCCAAAUCGGAGCAGAAGCCGUCAUCGUCAACGUCAAGCUGUGGCGGGGGCGGGAAAAAAAGCCGCAACCAUCACCAACACGGCACGCCGACCGCCGCACUAUCCGCGCCCGCCUCCGCAUCCACGUCUCCUUUACUGGGGUCGGCGCACCAACAGUCGGGAGGCGCGACCAGCGGCGAAUGCAGCACGGCCAGCAGCGGUGCGAGCAGUCCCGCCGCCUCCGCUAAAUCCGUAGCCGUUACUAUCUGUGAUAAACAGCCGACGAUUGAUUCAUUGUUCGCUAAUACAACUACUACUACUGUUAUUGCAACUACUCAGCUACCAACGUUACCUGAAUUCAAUGGGUUCCAGAGGCCGGCGACCGCCGCCGCUCUCACCGGGACGACUGAUGCACUUCUCGCGCAGGACGUGAGCGCGCCCCCUUUGGGCGUGAUCCACCACCAUCCGACGCACAAGGUGCCCAUUCCGCGUCUGCAAUCGCCCGCCGCUGUCAAAUUGAAACAGCAAGCGGCUGCGGCGGCGGCGGCCGCGGCCAAACUGCAACACGCAAAGUACAAAUUGCUCCAACCGAGACAGCAACAGCAGCCCAACCAGCAACCCGAAUGUGAUAUCGCGCAAUCGUACAACCCGCGGCCGGCAACUCAGCAGGCCGAGGGACAUCGAUCUCAAACAAACGUUACAAACGACUUAGAUAGGAUUAAGGAGAGGCGAGACGAAGCCGUCCAUGAAGAGGACGAGGUGGCCGAUUUUCCGCUGACCAGGGAGAGGAUAAACAGCGUCAGCAAUGUCGAGAAGGACGCUAUGGACGAGUAUUUGGGUACAAACAAUGAGCACGAUGAGGAACUGUCAAAAUACUUCAGCAACAAUAACGUGAACGAGCCUGCUCAACAAGAGAACAGCUAUAAAUUGUCACAUUUGCGUCAACUGCUUGAACAAAACGGCAUAGCUGAAAGAAAACCGUCCAUACCCUUAGUAAUGGAUGAUAAUAAGGUUCUACUGAACCAUUUUGCAUCCACCGGAGAGGAUCAGCCCCAAAUAAAGACUGAACUGGCAUACACAACCCCGUUAGCAGAACAUCAUGUAUCGUUCGCCAAUGUAUUAAAUAGUUCUGCAAAGAGAAGAGUCAGCUUUGAAACGCCAGCAGCAGAAGAAGCUGUUCUAGCAAGUCCAAACACCAAAAGGAAAAACUUCAGUUUCACUCCAAUAUCGCCUGGGCCACAAUCACCGAAUGGGAUCCAGUCGAAAUGUUCAAGUACAACAGCGAGUCCGUUCAUCAGUCCGAGAGAUACUCCUAUCCUGAAGGCAAAGCCUCCUCCUCAUCAAAACAUGGGUAUUUUGAAAACCGAGGCUAGAAAACCGUCGAAGGUGAAACGAGAACUGAGCCUGGACCUUCCCAGUGAAUUUAGUACAAGCAGUUGUUUGCCGAUGUCUGCGCCUGUCAGUCCGAUGUUGCAGAAGUUGUUGAAGUCGAAUAGCAAACUGGCGUACAAUCCGAGUUAUGCGAAUUGCCAGAAUGUGUCACAAGCUGCUCAACUGUUUGAUGGCAGCGUGAACACCAGCAGGUCGCAAUCGGUACCGCUCCAGCAAAUGGUUCCUGAUCCGAUGAACACGCUGUUCCUUUCCGACGCGCCAGCAUCGACAGCGACCACAAACACCGAUUUUCCACCGGACGUCAGUCCGUUACCUCAAUCCAACGGUGAUAACUCCAAACGAAUUUUCCACGCGACCACGUUAGUCGAGCCUCAAUGUGAUAACGUCGAUCUGUUCAACAUCGAUAUUACCGCUAACAAUUCCUGUUUGAACGAGUUCGGCAUCCAGCUUAUCAACAGCAACAUCGACCUGGGCGAUUACGCUAGAAGCGACGUCAGAUUUCCAGCAUCGGCUGGUAGAACGGUGCGGUCUCAAAGCAUCGAUGUCGUUACGGCUUUCGAGGUGAAGUCAGUGCCGUCGAGGUCGGUGCCGAGCACCCCGCUGCCGUUCAUCUGCAACUCGACAGGCGGCAAACCGUCCGCCGGCGGUAGCCAGAAAAUCGGCUAUGCCAGUUCCCGUUCGUACCCGUCCACGCCGCUGAACUCUGACGAAACGUUCACGUACAACGUCAAUACCGACUGCCUGCUCAACGGACAGCCGAUACGGUCCGACAGCGUGUCCGACGGACUGAACGAUGACGGAAGCUGUACAGUGCCCGUCUACGACGAAAUCGACAAGGAUUUCGCGAUCGACGGGCCGGAAUUUCAAAUGGUAGCAGUCGGCGACAUCGAAAGCGUGCUCACCGAACAGAAUUUCAGUGGUAAUAUCAAUUGAGUUUUUAUCAGGGAAUGUUAUUAUUAUUUUCGAUACCAUAUUUCUACACGGGUUCACAUAUUUGUAUCUCGUAUGUAGAUGCAAAUAGCAGACCAUAUAAGACUGCACCAUUAACGUAAACACGAAAAGAAUUUCCAAACUAUUAUUGAAGAGGUGUAGAUAUCAUCUCAAUAUUGAUUGUGAGUAUGAGUAGGUGAAUGAUACACAUACCUAUAAAAUGCAUUUACACCUUUCCUUGGACGCUUGAUAGCUACGGUGGUUCUCAUAUACAAAAUUCGUACUACGUACCAGCACAUACAGGGGCAAACUUUAACACCCUGUAUCUGCAACACAAAGAAUUUCUCUUUCCAUUGAAACAUUUGAUCAGCAUAAUAUGAACUAUCUCUAUACAAAUUUUCAUUAAAUUUGACUGGUGUUUUGUGCCUGGAAUAUAGAUUUAUCAAUAUGUUGAUUAGAAAUUGUGAAUGGACAAUAGGAUUGUCAGAUGACGCUGACCUUUUUUUUAAUUUCAACUACUCGGUUUUUUACACACACAACAGUCUGGUUGGAUUCUAGUGUGACUAGUUCCCCGUUUUAUUUUCCGAAUUAAAACAAUUUGAAGAGCAGAGUUACAGUGAGAAAAUCACUAUAAACAAAAACGAAAUUAUUUCUUCCAUAUUGUGUUAAGCGUAUAUCUACACAAAUUAUAUUUCUCUAUUGUGUUUAUAUUUUAUUUGCUUUUGCAUUCCUAUUUAUUGAGUUUUAUAAACAACAUAGAACAUGGUUCUAAACAGGGUGGCCCAAGGUCGCACCCCUAUUUGUGACUCUCUUAGCCGCAUUCUUAAUAAUAGUAACGUCUUUAUUUAAACACAAAGAACCAAUAGAGACAUAAGCCAAGGCUACUGUUAUACUUAACUGCUUAUGUCAGUUUUAUUAGAUUUUCAAUGGAAAAAAAAUAAUGAAAAAAGAACAUAAACACCUAUGUGAGCAUAAAAAUCACAUUCCAUAACGGCACAGCACAGUCUUAGCCUAUGGCGAGCAGCCUGCUUUUGAAUCGCUCACGGAAAUAAAGCAGAAUUGUGGGGUGAUUCUGAUAUUAUAGCGAUUUCUGACAGCUCGGUCACGCACUUCAGAGUUGAAUCGCAAUUUAUCUCUUAGGUAGAAAUUUAUGAACUAAAACUUGUGGUACGGCUAUAGAUAAAAAGACGUCCAAUCCAAAAUUGAGAUGUCCGAGCGUUUUCCCCAAAACAUACGAGGAGAGUCACAAACGGAGGUGCGACCUUCUCGUUGUCAUUUCACUAUUCUUAUCAAGUGUUAUAUGGGUUUGUCCAAAACGCAUAUUAAAACAAGAAAGAUUGAUAUUCAAAUCAA